CAAAUCUAUGGCAUAACUAUCCAAUUUCAAAAAUGAGUUCAAUGCGUUGCUAUUUGCCUUACAUCCAAACUAUAUUUGUCUUGGUCGUGCCAAUUUUGUUGCAAUUCAGAAUUCUUCUCACGGUCGCUGCUAUUUGGAGUGGUAACACGUCAGAUCAUCUAGCACUCCUCGCCUUCAAGUCUGAGAUUAUUCACGACCCGGAAGGUGUUAUGGAUUCAUGGAACGAUAGUGUCCACUUCUGCAACUGGCAAGGGGUUAUGUGUGGCAACCGACACCAGCGAGUCACCAUCUUGGACUUGCACGCGAGAAGGUUAACGGGAUUCAUAUCUCCUUACAUAGGAAACUUGAGCUUCCUUCGAGUCUUGAGGCUCAAUAACAAUAGCUUUCAAGGUGAAAUCCCACCACAAGUUGGCAAUUUAUUCAGGCUGCAGGAACUAUCCUUGUAUCUUAAUUCACUGACGGGUGAAAUCCCUGCCAACUUAUCUCACUGCUCCAAUCUUUUGUAUUUUCGAAUUGGAACCAUCCCAGAGGCCUUGGGCCAGCUCCAAAAUUUAACUUUUCUUUCACUGGAUGGCAAUAAACUCUCUGACAUGGUUGCCUAUGUUGGAGAUUUUGGGUUGGCCAGGUUAAUGUUAGAAAUGAAUCCAAAUCAAAGCAAUUCUGUAGGUGUGAAAGGAACCAUUGGCUAUGCAGCUCCAGAAUAUGGGCUUGGAAGUGAAGUCUCAAGAGACGGGGGUGUCUACAACUUUGGGAUCCUGCUAUUGGAGAUGAUGACAGAUAAGAGGCCAACAGAGUCGAUGUUUGAGGUAAGUCUCAAUCUUCACACCUUUGCCAGGAUGGCUAUACCCGACCAUGUGAUGGACAUUGUGGAUCCAAAACUCUUGUACAAUGAUGAAGAAGAAGUGGUUGCCUUGACUAGCAACAAGAAGAGGAGGGCAACCACCCGCCAAUAAAUGGCAGUUACGAAAAUGAUUGCUUGAUUCGUAUGAUCAAGAUUGGAGUGGCAUGUUCUGUGGAGUCACCCCAAGAGAGGUUGGACAUAUGCAGUGUUGUUCAUAAAUUGAAUAUAACCAGGGACAUUUUUCAAGGACUCCGAAAGGGCAAUAAUGCUUAGGCGUGACCUUCAACACAUUUUCCAUCAACCUUAUAAUGAUCAAAAUUUAGUAGUUAUUGUAUGUUACUGUUAGUGAUGUGUGCUCUAAUGUUAGAUUUAGAUGAGAUCUACAAGGUUUGUAAUAAAUUUCUUGUAUCUUUAUAUAUAUAUAUAUAUAUAUUAAUAAAAAACAAAUUUAUCUUCAUUCAUAAACUGUA